AUGUCGUUCAAGAACCUCGCCCUCUACCCUGCUAACCCUACCACAACACGUGGCGUCUCUACGAAGCUCAGCUCAAGCAAAGGAAAGGUCGUGUAUGCCAAUGGCAAGGCCGUCAUCAUACGCGAUUUGAACAAUCCAAGCCUGUCCGUGGCAUAUUCAGGCCAUGUUCAGAAUACCACCGUUGCUCGUAUAUCACCAUCGGGAUACUACUGCGCAUCUGCGGAUGCCGCGGGAACAGUCAGAGUUUGGGAUACCGUUGGUGAAGAUCAGACGCUGAAAGGGGAGUACAAAGUCAUUUCUGGGCGCAUCAAUGACCUGGAAUGGGACGGGGAAAGCAAGCGAAUUAUUGCAGUCGGAGAUGGAAGAGAGAAGUUUGGGCACGCCUUCAUGAUGGACACUGGAUCAUCCACAGGAGAAAUUAUCGGACAUUCCAAAGCCAUAAACGCUGUUUCCAUCCGUCAUCAACGACCAUUCAGAGCUGCUACUGCCGCGGACGAUAAUCUCAUUGUAUUCCAUCAGGGAGCUCCGUACAAAUACGACAAGACCAUCAAAACGCAUACCAAGUUCAUCCAAGAUGUCCGAUACGCUCCAUCUGGAGACCACUUUGUCAGUGUUGGAUCAGACGCUAAGAUUUUCAUCUACGAUGGCAAGACAGGCGAGACCUUGAGCGAAUUCAUUGACAGUCCCCACAAAGGAACCAUUAUGGCUUGUUCCUGGAGUGCCGAUAGCAGGUCUAUUGUCACCUCGUCUGCUGAUUGCACCGUCAAACUGUGGGACGUUGAAACGCGAAAAUCUGUGGCAACAUGGACUGUUGGUUCUGGUGUCAACAAUCAACAGGUCGGCAAUACCUGGAGCGCUGAGAACGGUAUUGUUUCUCUGUCACUCGGGGGAAACCUUAAUGUCUUCGAUCCAAGAGUCGGCGACGAAUCAACAAAAACUUGGACUGCACCACAGAAGGCUAUCACGGCAGUAUCUCCUUCCUCCUCUGGAACGUUCCUCACAGGUUCAGCAGAUGGACGCGUCUUGUUGUAUUCAAUAGCUUCUGGAGAGCCCAUGUCAUUGAAAGGCGAUGGACACACCAACUUUGUCACUGCAUUGGCCACUUCCUUAGCUGAUGGGAAAGUAUUUUCUGUCGGGUUUGAUGAUCGGGUACGCGAGAUAACUAGCGAUGGCAAAGAGUUCACGCCGGCUUCGUUGUCAACAGCAUCGCAGCCGAAAGGAAUAGCUAUUGCAGAGGAUUCGUCAGUCUUCAUUGCUGAAGUUAACACAGUCGAAGUUAUCCGCUCGAACCAGAAAGUGUUUGAGAUAACUCCGAAGUUAGCGCCAACUGCUGUGGCUGCGAUAGACAAACUUGUUGCUGUCGGUGGGGAGCAAAAGGUCUCGUUGUAUGAAUGGGACGGGAGGAGCUUGAAAGAAGUAGGCUCGUUGGAAGGGAACAAGGGCGUGGUCAGUGCCCUCGAGUUUUCACCUGAUGGUAAAUACUUAGCUUCCGGCGAUUCUUCUGGCAGAAUUGCUCUGUUCGACGUGACGGACAAGAAGUUGGUGACGUCGCGUUGGUCCUUCCACUCUGCUAGGGUUAAUUCGCUUUCAUGGACCGCCGACUCCAAGCAUUGUGCAUCUGGCUCUUUGGAUACUAAUGUAUAUAUCUGGAGUGUCGAGAAGCCGAUGAAAAAUAUUGCUUUGAAGAACGUAGGGCCUGGAGGUGUCAGUGGUGUCAUUUGGGUCGAGAGUGGGGAUGGAAAGACUGGGAAGCUCGUUAGUGCUGGUGCGGAUGCAUGUGUCCGGGUGUGGGAAAUCAAGUUCUUCGCAUGA